AUGACAUACUCAGUCCCUAUUGAAUCCGCCCAACUUCUGCGCAAGGGGAUCUUACAGAACCCUUUGCUCGCAUCUAACAUUCCCAGCGAUGCAUCGUCUCUCGCAGACCACGUCACAUUCACCGGAAAUGCAAGCCCGAACAUCCCCAUAAACUGGCGUUUUGCUGAAAGUAUUUCGGCAUUGAAGGGGCUCGAGUCACUUUGGGUCAACGCUUUAUUGAAGGCGAAGUAUAACCAUGGUCCGGUCAAGGUUGAGAUUGAUACCGACCAUGCCACGCUGUUCAUAAUGUCAACACUUCUUAUUGAUGUCGUCGACGAGAACGGGAAUUCACUGGACCCAAACAUAUCUCCAUUGCAACGUAUUCUAUCGAUAUUUCCCAGUCCGGAGAGGGAUCUUGGACAAGCCACCCCUCACCGCUCAUCCAUCACCAAUAUCUACAAGACGAAAGAUGGGCGGUGCUAUCACGUCCACGGGAGUAUGAAUGCCGGCCCCUCCUCGACAGCACUGGGGCUAGACCCUGAUCGUGAAGCCUCUUCCACUGCCGAUGCAAUGAGUGCUAUCCAAGAGCGCGUUCAGCAACUCACCGCGGAAGAGCUAGACGAACUUAUGAAUGAAAAGUACCCUAACGCCCAUGUCGGUCUCUAUGAGCUUAACCACACUCCAAAUCAGGCUCAGAAGCCCGGAUGGUGGAAGCCAGUCCCAGGUACAGGUGUAGCUCGCCCUCUGGCUGGUCUAAAAGUCCUCGACCUAUGUCGCGUGAUUGCUGGCCCUAGUAUCUCGAAGGGAUUGGCCGAGCUUGGCGCGAGUGUGAUGCGCGUAACUGGUCCUGGUGUCGUAGAUGCAUAUGCUCUGCAUGCCGACUUGAACUGGGGCAAGUGGAAUUGUUCGAUUGAUCUGAAGACGGAGGAGGGGAAGGAGACUCUGCGCAAGCUUAUUCUCGAGGCUGAUGUUAUGCUGGACGGAUACCGGCCAGGUGUGAUGGAAAAGCUUGGGUUCGGCCGGGAUGCUGUGCUUGAGCUUGUCAAGGACCGGCCAUUCGGUCUGGUUUAUGCUCGUGAGAACUGCUACGGUUGGCAUGGUCCUUGGCAACAUAGAAGUGGAUGGCAGCAAAUCAGCGACGCGAACUGUGGUGUCUCCCUCGAAUAUGGCCGCGCUACGGGACAUGAUGAAGCCGUUACACCCAUCUUCCCAAAUUCGGAUUACUGUACCGGGGUUAUGGGCGUCUGUGGAGUCAUCAACGCACUGAUUGAAAGGGCCGACAAGGGUGGAUCUUUCUUCAUGGAUACGGCCCUGAACUACUACUCCCAGUGGCUGAUGAACAGCGUGGGAGUCUAUCCCCCGGCUGUCUGGGAGGAUGUCUGGCAGCGACACAACCGGCUCGCCUUCCGCCAUAACGACAAUAUGCCGGCCACUAUUCCACUUAUGAUGAAGUCACUCAUGCUGAACAGUGGUGCACAGUUGUUUCAGCCACGCUUCUUCGAGACACGGUAUUCUGAAGCGGUCGAUCGUUACUUCAAGGUACUUCGUCCCGUGCUCAGCUUUGCUGAUAAACAGGUGGAUCUUCGGUUCAACGUUGGGACAAGAAGCAAUGGACAUGAUGCUGCUCGUUGGCCGGAAGACCUACGGACAGAAAUUGUCACCAGCGCGUAG